AUGGAGCUGUUUUUUAAUCCCUUUGACAGCUUGGUGUGUAUCCUCCUGGGUAUCUCCUUCACUGUGUGGUUCACACUACUGCUUGUCUUCAUACUCGUGCCCGCCAUCUUCGGGGUGUCCUUUGGGAUCAGACGUGUAUAUAUGAAGUCAUUGUUAAAGAUAUUUGAGUGGGCUACAAUAAGGAUGGAGAGAGGAGCCAAAGAAAAGAAUCACCCCUUGUAUAAACCCUACUCAAACGCUAUCAUUGCGAAACAUCCUACUUCCUUGGAAGAAGAGAUCAAGGAGAUUCGGCGCAGUGGCAGCAACAAAGACCUGGACUCUGCACCCGAGUUUGAGAUGUCGGACAUCUUCUAUUUUGCUCGAAGAGGAGUGGAGAGCAUCAUGGAUGAUGAGGUCACCAAGCGGUUCUCUGCAGAAGAGUUGGAGUCUUGGAAUCUGCUGACACGGAGCAAUUACAACUUCCACUAUAUCAGCCUGAGGCUGACUGUGCUAUGGGGAUUGGGCCUUCUCAUUCGCUAUGGCAUCCUUUUACCUCUCAGGGUAACCUUGGCCUUUACUGGUGUUGGCCUCCUAGUAUUUCUAACUUCUCUUAUAGGCUUCCUACCCAAUGGAAGGAUGAAAAGCAUCCUAAGUGAAAAGGCCCACCUAAUGUGCAACAGAAUAUGUGUCAGAGCUCUGACUGCGAUCAUAACCUACCAUGACAGUGAGAAUAAACCCAAAAACGGAGGAAUAUGUGUCGCCAACCACACAUCACCUAUUGAUGUCAUAAUUUUAGCCAGUGAUGGCUGCUACGCAAUGGUGGGCCAAAUUCAUGGGGGAUUGAUGGGAAUCAUUCAGCGAUCCAUGGUGAGAGCCUGCCCACACAUAUGGUUUGAGCGCUCAGAGGUUAAAGACAGACAUCUAGUGGCUAACAGGCUGAGUGACCAUGCACAAGACAAAUCUAAGCUUCCUAUUCUCAUAUUCCCUGAAGGUACAUGCAUUAACAACACAUCAGUUAUGAUGUUUAAGAAAGGCAGCUUUGAAAUCGGCGGCACAGUGUACCCUGUCGCCAUCAAGUACGAUCCCAGAUUUGGAGAUGCCUUCUGGAAUAGCAGCAAGUUUGGAAUGGUCAACUACCUCUUACGCAUGAUGAGCAGCUGGGCCAUUGUCUGCAGUGUGUGGUACCUACCUCCCAUGUCCAGGGAGGAAGGGGAGGAUGCUGUACAGUUUGCCAAUCGGGUAAAAGCAGCCAUUGCAAGACAAGGAGGAUUAGUGGAUCUUUUAUGGGAUGGAGGGCUAAAGAGAGGAAAGGUAAAAGAUACUUUUAAGGAAGAACAGCAGAAGCUCUACAGUAAAAUGCUGGUAGGCACCCAAGAGGAUCGCAGUCGCUCCUGA